GGAAUGGAGAAAUCCCGGCCGCUAUGGGACAAUCCCCUGCAGUUUGUUUUCGCCUGUAUUUCCUAUGCUGUGGGGCUGGGAAAUGUGUGGAGGUUUCCAUACUUAUGUCAGAUGUACGGAGGAGGUGGCUUUUUGAUCCCAUAUUUUAUCAUGCUCAUCGCCGAGGGGAUGCCACUGCUCUACCUAGAGCUAGCCGUGGGGCAGCGCAUGCGUCAGGGCAGCAUCGGUGCCUGGAAAAUAAUAAGUCCCUACCUCUGUGGUGUCGGUGUUGCCAGCGUUGUCGUCUCCUUCUUCCUUUCCAUGUACUACAACGUGAUAAAUGCCUGGGCCUUCUGGUACCUCUUCCACUCCUUCCAGGACCCCCUGCCAUGGGCCACCUGCCCCCUGAACGUCAACCGCACCGGCUACGAGGAGGAGUGUGAGAAGACGUCGUCCACCCAGUACUUCUGGUACCGGCAGACCCUGAACAUCUCUCGGUCGCUGGAG